AUUUUACCUUCAAAGCAGCAAAUUGAGGCUACAAAGUUUGAGAGUUUUUUGCAUUUCUGUGUGCACGAGCCCUCGAGGACUCAGGAAAUCACAUUUUGGUUUGAGGUGUCAAAUAUGAAGGAAUGUGUUUAGGAUGGGGUCUGUAAUUUCCUACAUUGGGCAGUUGUGCGGGACACAGAACACAAAAGAGGAGCAGCGACACUUGCGAGCUAAUGACAGAGCGUUCAAUCUGUCUUACCAUUACGCUAAUAAUGCCAUCAAGACCUCCAAAUACAACAUCUUCACCUUCCUGCCCCUCAACCUCUUUGAACAGAUGAGGAGACUUGCAAAUGCUUACUUCUUCUUCCUUUUCAUUCUUCAGCUAAUCCCAGCAAUCUCAUCUCUCUCGUGGUUCACCACUGCGGUCCCUCUGGUUUUGGUGCUGUCUAUAACCGCAGUCAAAGACGCCACUGAUGACUUUAACAGACACAAAAGUGACAAACAAGUGAAUAACCGGUUAGCAAAUGUCCUCAUCGAUGGCGAGCUGAGAAGUGAAAAAUGGAUGAAUGUUCAAGUUGGAGAUAUCAUCAAACUGGAGAGUAAUCACUUUGUAACAGCUGACCUUCUGUUGCUGAGCAGCAGUGAACCUCUUAAUCUGGUCUACAUAGAAACAGCCGAGUUGGACGGUGAAACCAACCUAAAGGUGAAACAAGCGCUGACUGUGACUGGAAAGAUGGGCGACAGCAUCCAGGCACUGGCUUCUUUCAACGGUGAGGUGCAGUGUGAGCCUCCCAACAACCGUCUGGAUAAGUUCAAAGGCAAACUGAUGAUAAACGGACAAACCUACUCUUUGGACAAUGAGAAGAUGCUGCUGCGUGGCUGCACUUUGAGGAACACCGAGUGGUGCUUUGGUCUGGUCAUCUUUGGAGGUCCUGACACUAAACUAAUGCAGAACAGCGGAAAGACCAUCUUCAAACGGACGAGUAUUGAUCACCUCAUGAAUAUUCUGGUGCUGUGUAUCUUUGGUUUUCUGGCAUGCAUGUGCACCAUCCUGGCCAUUGGUAAUGCUGUGUGGGAAGUGAGGGAGGGCUCUGUGUUCACAGCUUUUCUCCCCCGUCCACCAAGGAUUAACACUGCCUUGUCCUCCUUCCUGUCCUUCUGGUCAUAUAUCAUUGUCCUCAACACUGUGGUGCCCAUUUCUCUUUAUGUCAGCGUGGAGAUCAUCCGGCUGGGGAACAGUUUCUUCAUAGACUGGGACAGAAAAAUGUAUUACACCAAGAGCGACACACCAGCUCAGGCGAGGACCACCACACUCAACGAAGAGCUUGGCCAAAUCAAAUACAUCUUCAGUGAUAAGACGGGAACGCUGACGCAGAAUGUCAUGACUUUCAACAAGUGCUCCAUCAACGGGAAAUCUUACGGAGAGCUAUUUGACAUUUCUGGACAAAGGGUGGAAAUAACAGAGAAGACACAGAGAGUGGACUUCUCCUGGAACCAGCUGGCCGAUCCAAAGUUUGUGUUCCACGAUUACAGCCUGGUGGAGACGGUGAAGGAAGGAAACCCAGAAGCUCAGAACUUCUUUCGCUUGCUGGCGCUGUGCCACACUGUCAUGCCUGAGGAAAAGAAGGAGGGAGAACUUUACUAUCAGGCUCAGUCACCUGAUGAGGGCGCUCUGGUGACUGCAGCCAGAAACUUUGGCUUUGUGUUCCGCUCACGCACAUCUGAGACCAUUGCAGUGGUGGAGAUGGGCAAACAAAUCACCUACGAACUUCUCGCCGUCCUGGACUUCAACAAUGUUCGCAAGAGAAUGUCGGUCAUCGUGUCCAGCCCAGAGGGCAAGUUGAUUCUUUACUGCAAAGGAGCUGACACGAUCAUCUACGAGCGAUUACACCCGUCUUGCAGCAAACUGAUGGACGUUACCACAAGACACCUCAACGAGUAUGCUGGCGACGGCCUCCGCACGUUAGUUCUGGCCUACAAGGACUUGGAUGAGACUUACAUGCAGGAUUGGAAACAGCGCCACUAUGAGGCCACCAUGGCCAUGGAGGGACGAGAGGAGAGACUUGACCAACUUUAUGAGGAGAUUGAGAAAGACCUCAUGCUGUUAGGAGCAACAGCCGUGGAGGACAAGCUGCAGGACGGCGUUCCACAAACCAUCGAGCAACUCACAAAAGCUGACAUCAAAAUCUGGGUGUUGACUGGAGACAAACAGGAGACGGCAGAGAACAUCGGCUACUCCUGCAACAUGCUGAGAGAGGAGAUGAACGAGGUUUUUAUCAUGGCAGCUCAUACAGCCGAAGGAGUCAAACAGGAGCUCGAGAACGCAAGACAGAAGAUGUGUCCAGGAGCCACGCAGGAGCCGUUGGUGAGGACAGUUCGUGCAGGCCUGUUCUGGCUUAAAAAGUCCCAGACCGUGCACGAUGAAGAGGUGGACGGAGAAUACGGCCUCAUUAUAAAUGGACACAGUCUGGCCUUUGCUCUGGAGAAGAACCUGCAGCUGGAGCUGCUGAGGACAGCGUGCAUGUGUCAGACGGUGAUUUGCUGCAGGGUCACUCCUCUGCAGAAGGCUCAGGUGGUUCAGCUGGUCAAGAAGUACAAGCAGGCAGUCACACUGGCCAUCGGCGACGGCGCCAACGACGUCAGCAUGAUCAAAGCUGCUCAUAUCGGUGUUGGUAUCAGCGGUCAGGAGGGCAUGCAGGCUGUCCUCUCCAGCGACUUCUCCUUCGCUCAGUUCCGUUACCUUCAGCGCCUCCUGCUGGUGCACGGUCGCUGGUCAUAUCUGCGCAUGUGCAAAUUCCUGAGUUAUUUUUUUUACAAGAACUUCACGUUCACCUUUGUGCAUUUCUGGUACGCCUUCUUCUGUGGCUUCUCUGCUCAGACUGUUUACGACGAGUGGUUCAUCACCCUGUACAACCUGGUUUACACGGCUCUGCCCAUCCUCGGUUUGAGCAUCUUUGACCAGGAUGUGAAUGACCGCUGGAGCAUUCGCCAUCCUCAGCUCUAUAGGCCCGGCCAGCUCAACCGCUACUUCAACAAGAAGGCCUUCGUGCUGUGUAUAAUGCACAGCUGCUACAGCUCCCUCAUCCUCUUCUUCAUUCCCUGGGCCACCGUGCACGACACCGUGCGUGACGACGGCAAAGACAUUGCUGACUACCAGUCCUUUGCUCUGCUGGCGCAGACGUGUCUCCUGGCGGUCGUCAGUAUUCAGCUCUGCCUGGACACUCAUUACUGGACAGCCGUGAACCAGUUUUUUAUUUGGGGCAGUCUGGCUGCCUACUUCGCCAUCACCUUCACCAUUUACAGCAACGGCAUGUUCCUGAUCUUCACCCAAGCGUUCCCCUUCAUCGGUACUGCAAGAAACUCUCUGAACCAGCCGAACCUGUGGCUGACUAUUAUCCUGACGUCCAUCCUCUGUCUCCUGCCUGUGGUGGCUUGUCGCUUCGUUUUAAUUCUGCUCCGCCCCACCGUCAACGACAAGGUGCGUUAUAAAAUGCGGAUGGAGGCUUUGCCUGCCGCGGUGCCACGCCGCCCCACCGUCAGGCGCAUCAGCACCCGGCGUUCGGGCUACGCCUUCUCUCACAGCCAGGGCUACGGUGACCUGGUGACCUCCAGGAACUUCCUGCGGAAGCGGCCCCUGAAGAACCGAACGCCGCUGUUCACUCAUACGGACUCUCCUGUGGCUCAGAGUCAGCCGCAGGUCUUCAGAACCAUUACCGAGGAGCCCGAGAUCCAACAGAACCCCUAGACAGAAGGUGAAGCUCUGCGGGGGGGUGCAACCGUUACUUGAU